GCGAGAAGGGGCUCGUCGCAACGCGACGAACGUCCGCAAGAAGAGGCUUCUCUCGCGCGAUUAGAGAGGUGGGGACGUUCGAGAGUUUAUAAGAAGACGAAGGCCUAGUCGUGCUAGGCCGAGAAUCGAUAGUUUGCAAAACCGAGCGAUCGUCGUGAAGUGUGUACGAAAAAUCGAGCAAAAGAGAAAGAGAGAGAGAGGGAAACAGAAAAAAAGAGAUAGAGAAAAUAUCCUAUCCGUCCCAUCGCGUAAACGAAGAAUUGAGUAAUCGCCCCGGCGAUGACUUAAAGUAAUCGCGAUUGUCCGCAAAUCAAAUAUAUAUACGUAUAAGGACAGACUUAUAUAAGGCGAUUGCAUUUUCUCUUUCGCGCUUCUAUUUUUUCGGUCGUGCGUGACGCGGACCAUUGGGCGGAAAGUCCUAAUUGAAAGGAAAAAAGAAAAAAAAAACAGGAAUUUAGCUAGCGACGUUUUGAGAAGAAUCUCCUCAACCCCGACAACGAACGAGAGCACGAGAUACGAGGGAAUGACGAAAAGAGCUAGUCGACGAGCUGCUAGGACAAGCUUUUGCCUGCUGGCGGCAUUCGUCCUGUCCUGUGCCAUAAGUGGCAGCGAUAGAGUUCUCGCAUUCCCGCAACCCGAACCGCUGCCAUCGGGCUUCAUCUACGGCGAUAAUUUUGCGGACGAUACUGAGAGUUUCAUGUUAUUGAGCCGCCUGAAGCAGCUGACGGAACAAAAGCAUCGUGUGGACGAGCAGAUCGAACGCGAGAUCGCCGACGAACGCGAAAUCACCGACGAGCAAUUCGAGAUCCAGGCAAUGCUAGAGGCGAAGGCGCGGGAACGCGCGAACGAGGCGCGACCGGAUUACUCCGUCGAGGAACCGGAACCGGAACCGCUGCCGAUACCCGCCGCCAUAGUCCAUCACGAGCAACAACCGAACAAACGACACGGCACACAGAAUGCAGUUAGUUACAUGUCCCUGUGCCACUUCAAGAUCUGCAACAUGGGACGUAAGAGGCAAUCGAAAUAAGUUCCCGUAAAUGGCAUGGCGGGAACUUAUAAAGAGGCAGUCGCGAGAUGUUCGAAACGGCCGGCGAGCGCGGCGAGGAGCCAAGGGGACCUCAUUGCGCUUCUUUAAAGAAACAUUAAGUAAAAGAUCAAUAAAACACAGCUUGCCACGGUCAAUUGAAAAUUAAAAGUGAAGAAGAUAGCAAGGACGAGCGGUCUCAGCUGCAUCUAUUCGCGAUGCAUGGUAUCGCGACGUUCAAAUCUCUUUUUUUCAGAUUCAAGCAAGAGACGAGUAAGAUACUUUUCAUAAAAAAUCUCAACAUCUCGGAAAAAAACCUUGUUGUCUUGCAAUGGAUACAUUGUAUCUGUCGGGAUACUGCGAUAUAAAUUCAGGACGAACAAAUAAAAUAUUUAACGACUUUCGACCUUCCGAUGGAAAAUUGAUGAAAAUAUAAAUAUACAAGAGAGACAAAAAUAUUACGUCGCAAAAAUGUACGAGAAUCAUCAUCGCUCCUUCUUGCUAUACCUUCGAAACAGUGAUUACCAGUAUUACAUGUCACACACGCGCCACGAUGAAUCUUUUUGCGCACAUGAAUUUUACAAAGUGACGUAAAAUCUCGCAAACGGCAUGAAAUAAUGGUCGACGGGCGCUUCCAUUAACGAACGUCGAUCAUCAUCAAGUCCGUUUACAACAAAGUAACGAAAGGCGAAAUAACGCGACUGCGUAUGUAAAAAAAAUAUAUUUAUAUUGGAAAUAUCAAGACCGUCCUCUUUAUGUAUAUAUCGUCCGAUUGGUUCGGACGAGAGUUACGCGAGCUCCGGCAACGACUGUUUAUCGAAUUUAUCGGAAUAUCGAGCAAAAUCAUCGACGAGGUACCGUUAAACGAAACAGAAGCGAGAUGCUUGAAAGAAAAAAAUUAAUAAAAAAUUAGUUCAAACAUAUAGUAUACAAUUUACGUUGCAAAAAUUAAUUUAAUAAAUGCCUGAAAUCGAUUAUGAAUAUUUAUAUACAAUCCAAAGUAUUUCAAUUAUAUUCAAAUAUUAUUGCAGAAACAAUGUAAAGAUUUACGUGAAGCUGAAAAAUUUUGACAAGAUUACAAUUAUGUUUAAAAUAAGAUUGUAAUUGGAUAUUAAAAAUGUAAAAAUGAGAAAGAAAGAUUUCAUAUAUACAUUUAAAAUUACUUUCUCUUUUUUUUCUUUGUAAAAUUACAUCGUGUAAAUUAAAUAAUUGGAUAAUUAAUUACAAUUAUAAUUUUUGAUCAGAUAAUAGUCUACAUAAUUGUACAUACGAAAAUAUUUGAGAAAAUUUAAGGCUUCUAAAAAUAAAUACAAUUUAUGUCAAAAAUAAAUGGUUUGUGUCCUUAUCGAUUAAAUAUUGACGGGUUUUACGGGUCUUGAAUAAUCUUAAGAUUAGUUUAUGAGAUUCCCUCAACUUUUUUCAUUAAAUAAAAUUUGCAUUUUCGGGUUUCGACAAAGAGAAUGAUAUGCGGUCAUCAAAAAUGUCGAUCAAUCGCUAAUUUCAAUCUAAGUCAGAUAGAGACGGGAUAUAUAAGAAUCGAAAGAAGAUAAAUAUCCAAGCAUAAGCUCAUGAUUUAUUAGCUUUCGAUUUUUAAGGAUUUCUGUAACUUAUGAACUAUAUAUUUAUUGUCAGAUUGGCAAAUUUUAAUUUAUCAAAAUCUAUUUAAUUAUAUCUCAUCGAUGGCGAAACGAGUAAUCAAAUAUAAAAUUUUUUUUCCCUUGAUUUUCCAAACUUACACAAACCGUUUUUAAAGAAAUGAUGUCAAUUAAAUAACUGGUCAAUUUAGCAAUUAUUGAUAUAAUAAUGGUAUUGUCAACAAAAAUAUUUAGGAGAAAACUAAAAAAAAAAGGAAGAAAAACGUGAAAGUAAACGAGAAGAGACAGAUUACUGGAAAAAAGCUCUCCUCGCUCGCAUCGCACGGCGGUUACGUUCGCGAUGCAAAUAGAAAUUUUAUUUUGCACGGAGCUGACGCGCUACACGGAGAUUUUCUCACGAGAUAAGUAGCAUAUCUAAGUAUGCUCUCUUAAACCGAGUCAGUGAAAAUGUCAUCGAUUAAAGCAAUGAUUCCCCGAAGAUUAAUGAAUAUUUCAGUGAAAACAUUCACUCUCUGCUCCUCAUAUUUGACUGACAAAAAUUUAAGCGGUAAGAUUUCAUUGAACAAUCAAUAAUAAUUAUAUAUAUUUGGAAUAUGUAUAUAUUUUCAAAAUUUCCUCUUAUUUGAAUUUCUCAAGAAAAGCUCCCACACACACACAUAUAUAUAUAUAUAGCUCAAAUAAAACUAUAAUUAAUAUUAAAAAAUUCAAAAUUAUGUACAUAUUACAUAUUACACUGUUUUACUCUUAAGAUGUGAUAAACAAAAAACAAACGAAGCCUUUGGGGUUGAAAAUUCAAAUAUUAUUGAACAAAAUAUAUUACUAUAAAUUUAUCUCAUAUAUGAUAUAAUAUAAGACGCAUUUUAAGAUGUUUUAAAAUUUUACUAAUUUACGUUGAUACAUUUAUAAUUGAAACUUGAAAUUCUCUUUUCAGUAAUGAUAUAUUGAUUCGAUUUAAGAGAGUAGAGCGAUAUUUUUUGGUAAUACGAGAUCCAAAAAAAUCGUAGGCGAUUAAAAGUUCGAUGAAAUUUACAAAGCUAUCGCGAUACACGGGGUCUCAUCUCUAAUAAUAUAUAUUUAUUACUAUUAUAUUAAUGUUAUUAUUUCUUAGUCGAUUUAAGCCGAAAGAACGCUCGCGCCGAUUUCUUCCUCGUCGCGAAAUAAUAUUUUAUUAAUUUACAGUUCACGCUAGUAAUUUAUUAUUUACCUAGGUAGUUACACCUGAAAGAGGAGUGCGUGUGAGACUAUUUUACGAGAAUAGGGCGACGAUCGGGAUCGAGGAAGGCGCCCGCGUUCCUUCGUUAUUUAUGAAACAACGAACCAGGCGAGUCCGUCUCUCUUCUCUUCGAAGAGAAACAUCGCGACAUUGUGUUUCUUUUUUUUUAUUAUUUAUUUAGCGCUCACUUAAUUCAAGCUCUUUUCGCGCGUUGUGUGUAUUUUCCCUCUCUCUGUUCAUUAUCCCUCUCGCGGCAACGUUACUCUUUAUUUUCCCUGCGUAUCGAACUGCGCGUCGCGUUGAUCCGUAUAUAUAUUUCUUCGAAUUUGCGAUUCCUUUAGAGAGACUCAAAAAUCGAACGAAAAAAAAAAAGAAUUCGCUCUCUUAGGACGCGCGAAUGUACCGACGAAUGUAUGUACCUCGCGCAAAUUAUGUGGUAUAUAUAUAAAUAUAAUAACGCUAAUAAUAAUAAUAAAAAUUAUAUCAUCAGAA